AUGGAAGACGAAGACGUUGCAAUUUGUCUGCUACUCAGUCUUCCGAAGAGCUACGAAAAUGUGGUACUCAACAUGGAAAUGAGCAGCACCGAGCUUCGCACUCAAGAUGUGGUGAGAGUCCUGACGAAUGAGCAUGCCAAGCGUCAAGGAGAGAGAAAAGGGACAACGACAGCGACUACGGUGAAGGCUGAAGAUGCAAGCAAGGCAUUCAGCGCCGAGCGUGAGCCCUACCAAUACACGUAUUGUGGCAAGGUGGGAUACACGGUGGAUCGUUGCUGGACAAAGCAGAAGAACGAAGGUCGGGGGAGCCCGACGCGGCGGCAAUGGUCGUGGACGCGGGGGCUAACAAUGUCCAGUGGGGACAUCAUGAUCAAGGCAAUGGCUACGAUCGAGUGGCGUUUGCAGUCCGUUCGAAUGUGGAGUUUCGACGAGCAAGGACGUGUCUGGAAUAUGGUCCGUCGACAGUGGUGCAACGCACCACAUUUGCCACGACAAGACCAAGUUCGCAAGUUUGGCAGAGCGCAAUGA